AGUUUUGCAGUUUUACUUGAAAUGUAGAUAGCAUUGCCUUUUGGUGAAUUAGCAUCCUUGGAUGAUUGAGAUUAUUUUCCAGCGGACACCGAACUAGCUCUUGAAAUGAAACCAAAAACAACUGGUGUGCCUAGAGCUCAGAAAUCGAAACCUUUUCAGGGUGAUGGACCUAAUUGGGUUCUUAUUGCUGGUGGCGCCUUGUUAAGUACAUUAUCGAUGCGUCUUGGCUACAAGCUUAAGCAAGCACUUGACAUAAAGCAGCAGGAGAAUGCUAGUAAUGGAAGUGGAAAAUCCUCUGACAGAAGGAUGCCUGCAGGUUGCCACCUGCACUCAAAUGUUUAUUCCUUCACACAACAAGAUGACGGCAGUUGCUUUAAUUGCAUUUCAGGAACUGAGAGCAUGAUGGAGAUGAAGUGCCUGCCUAAUGGCCAGAUGCUGACUGAAUCUGAUGGAGCCUUGCCUUUGGUGACAGUUCCAGCCCCUCAAUUUAACAAGGAGAAUGGCAUCAUCUGGGCAUCUUCUCCGGAUCGCCUUGAGAUGCCUCCGAAGCCUUUUCUACACCAUUCAAAUUGCUCAGAUUCUCCAUGUGUUUCAGACUCUGGCUCUGACAUCUUCAGUAAGCGGGAAGUAAUACAAAAACUUAGGCAACAAUUGAAGAGAAGAGAUGACAUGAUCCUGGAGAUGCAGGAUCAGAUUGUGGAGUUGCAGAAUUCACUGAAUGCUCAGCUGGCACAUUCUGCCCAUUUGCAAUCUCAGCUUGAUGCAGCAAAUAGGGACUUUUUUGAUUCUGAAAGAGAAAUCCAAAGGCUUAGGAAGGCAAUUGCAGAUCACUGUGUGGGACAUGUGAGCUCCAUCGACAAACCUGUCCAGGCCUCUAUAUGGCAAUCUGAAGUAAGAAGUGGUCAUGGAAAUCAAUGUCUUGAUGGGGAAAACAAUUUUGAUGCCUCAGAAAAAGGAAGAGGGGAUGGAGAGAGGGUUGAGAUGCUGAGGAGGGAAGUAGGAGAAUUGAAGGAAGUGAUAGAUGGAAAGGAGUACUUGCUGCAGAGCUAUAAGGAGCAGAAAGCAGAGCUCUCACUGAAAAUCAAAGAGUUGCAGCAGAGACUAGAUUCUCAACUUCCCAAUAUUUUGUAGGCACUUAUAGUUGUGUAUUCUUGCUCUCGUUUUGUUUGGUUUGAGGUCUUCAGCUCAGAAGCUUAAUUUUCCUCUCUCUCCUGACCAUACUUAGUUUAGCUUAAUUCUUUGAUGUGCUGUGUAUGCAACUUGGUAAUGAAUGAGAGCGUGGGGUUUGGACAGUCAAAAGCUUGCAUGUUGUGGCGGGUUGCUUCUGUGAUCUGUUUGAUUUCUUUCUUACAUUUCGUUCUGUUUG